AUGCCUCUUCAAUGGCUGCGUGACAGCUUUGUGGGACAAUCUUUACGCCAAUUCUGCAAAAUCUCCUGCUUGAAAUACAACGAAGAGCACCCCCACUGGCAUUGCUUCGACAACAAAGCCCUUCAGGAUGAGAAGACCAUUCGAGUCGAAUGGUCUCCUGACGACGAGGAAAAUCCUCAUAACUGGUCACCAAUUAAAAAGGCCUUUGUUCUCUUCGUUAUUGGUGCAUAUAGCUUCGUGGUUUACAUGUCAGCACCAAUCUAUACCCCAAGUGAAAACGCCUUUAUUGAAGAAUUCGGCGUGAACAAUGCAGAAGCCGCCCUUGGACUUGCUCUAUACGUCUUAGGAUACGGAGCCGGCCCUCUAUUCUUCAGCCCUCUGAGUGAGAUCCCUCGCAUAGGUCGAAACCUCCCCUACGUUGUCUCCUUCGUCCUCUUCUGCAUAAUCAGUAUCCCAACAGCAAUAGCACCAAACGCAAUCGGGUUCUACUUCCUACGCUUCCUCCAAGGAUUCUUCGGGAGUCCAUGUCUAGCUACCGGAGGCGCCUCAAUUGCGGAUAUCUACUCAUCAGACGUGCUCCCCCACGCAAUGACAACGUGGGUUUUCUGCGUUUUCUGCGCUCCUGCUAUUGGCAUUUUAAUCUCGGGCUUCGCAGUCCCAGUGCUUGGUUGGCGAUUCUCAAUGUGGGAAAUUUUGAUUGCUGCUGGUCCGAUCCUCGUUCUUCUUUUGGUACUGCCUGAGACUAGUUCUGCUACUAUUCUGCAUCGACGCGCACGCCGUUUGGAGAGCAUGGAUACAGAUCAUACCCAUGAGUACAGGACUGGUGCUGAUAUUGUCCAGGCAGGCGUUUCUUUUUACGAGAUCGUACAGGAGUCCUUGCUGAUCCCUGCGAAGAUCACUUUCCUUGAUCCAGCAAUUCUGUUCUUGAAUUGCUAUACAUCUUUGACUUAUGGUAUCUAUUACUCCUUCUUCGAGGCAUUCCCAAUUGUCUACCAAGGCAUAUACGGAUUCAACCUCGGCGAAAUGGGACUUGCCUUCCUAGCCAUUGUCGUCGGGACGGUGAUUUCGUUUGUGAUCUACAAUGUUUACAUCCACAAGAUCUUCGUCCCCAAGGCCAAAGAAGGGGGUGUCCGGAAACCUGAAGACGUCUUGGUUCCAGCUCUGUUUGCGUGCUUUGGACCGGCUAUUGGUCUUUUUCUUUUUGGUUGGGCUGCCAAUCCGAAUGUACAUUGGAUCGUUCCGACUAUUGGUAUUGUCAUUUAUCCGGCUAGUGUGUUUAUCUUGAUGCAGUGUGUUUUUCUGUAUAUCCCAGCAUGUUAUCCUCAGUAUGCUGCUAGUGUGUUUGCGGCGACUGAUUUUACGCGGAGUGCUUUUGCUUGUGGGGCUGUUAUCUUCUCCAAGCCUCUCUAUGAGAACUUGGGUAUUGGGCCUGGUUGCAGCUUGUUGGCUGGUUUGACUAUUGGGUGCGUGGUUGGGAUCUAUGUGCUUUAUAACUACGGAGAGGCGCUGAGGCUCAGAUCGAAGUUUGUAUCUAAGUGGUGA